ACCGCUCCCAUGACGUCAGGGUGCAUCAUCAACACUCGCCCCAGCGUACAUCCAUGGUCUGUCCCCCUAAAAAAUAAAACCGAAGACGGAAGAAAGCAAGUGAAAUGUGAACUGGGACAAUAAUAUAUCCACAAGUAGAGACACAGUUGUUUUCAAACUUAUGUAAUGACACUCUGCGGCGUAGUGUCUGUAGCUAUAAGCUGACGAACCAGCUAAAAACAAACCGCGAACUCGGCUCCUGAAGAAGGAGGAGAAGAAGCCAUCACUCACAGCAGAUCAACUUGGCGCGUUUAGUUUUAGAAGCUUAACUUACUUAUUCUGACCAACAAAAAAUGGACUGCACAGCCGACAUGCCCGCUAAUGUUGUACGCGACUCUCCAGGUAAGAACAGCUCCAGCUCUGAUGACUUAGUGCCUCUUGCGAAGCUCCUGAUGAGGCAAGACAGCGAAGACAAACAGUCACGUGACAACACAUGCAGCUUGACCUCCAGCUCCAACAAUAAUUCAAAAAAGGACAAAGGUGUUUUAGCUUCUGACGACUCCUCAGAUGAUGAACCGCUGAUAAAGAUGAAAACAACAGCAGCUAAGAAAUCAGAGAAAAAUGAAAACACAUCACCCAGAUCUAAUGGCACGAAUAAGAAGAAUACAGAUUUGAAAACAGAUGAUAGCUCUGACAAUGAGCCUCUGAUGGAGAUAGCCAAAACUGCAAAAAAGUCUCUCUCAGUGCCUCCAAAAAAAUCUGUUGAUACAAAGAAGAAAGAGGCACUAGAGGAUGAUGCUAGUUCAGAUGAUGAGCCUUUAAUUGAAGUUGCCAAGAAAGUAAAGUCCCAACGUCAGGGAAAGUCACCAAGAAAAGCAACUCUGGUUAUGAAAUCCAAAAGGAACGCUGACAGGAAACAGGUUAAAUAUGCAGAGUCUUCCACUGACAGCUCAGACUAUGAGCCUCUGGCCACAAAGAGGAAGAAGACAAAGGCUGCUAAAGAGCAAAAGUCUUCUGCAAACAGCAAGAAUACAAGACCAAAACUUACAGGAAAAUCACUAAAAGACUCUUCGUCCCCAGACAACAGCUCGGAUGAGGAUGAUGUGCCCUUGGUGAACCUCAUUGCCAAGCAGAGGAAACCAGUGAAGAGAAACACAAAGACAACAAAAAAAGCGACUGUAUCGCAAGGAAGCGCGUCUAAAAAGAGACAAGGGCCGUCAGAUGAAAGCUCGGAUGAUGAACCCUUGAUCCAUCUCAUGAAAAAGACCCGCACAGACAAACAGUCCAAUACAAAAACGAGGGCUUCAACCCCGAAGAAGAGAGCAACACCUGCCAAACAGCCAAGAAAGAAAACUUCAGCUGGACCGUCAGAUGAAAGCUCGGAUGAGGAACCCUUGAUUCGUCUCGUGGAAAAGACCCGCACAGACAAACAGUCCAAUACAAAAACGAGGGCUUCAACCCCAAAGAAGAGAGCAACACCUGCCAAACAGCCAAGAAAGAAGACUUCAGCUGGUAAAGUUCAUAACACCAACAGUAGAGAUUUGUCUAGCAACAGUUCAGAUGAUGAACCCUUAAUCAAAACAGCUAGACACCCACAAGUGACCAAAAUCUUGAGAAUAAUACUGGAGAGAUGCGAUGUUGAAGAAGCUGGGGCGACAGGGAACCUGAACAAAACUAGAACAGAAAGAUAGAUUACUGAAGAGUUAGAGCGCUUGGAGGAAUCACCAGAAGUCUUUUGGUAGAAGAAGAAGCAGAUGAAACGUACAGCUGCAACAAUGAGAAGAGAAGAAAUUGCUCCUUUUUUUUUCGUCACCUUUCACCUUCUGGACCAGGACGUUUAAACCACCCAGUGGCUCAAAGUUUGAGAAACUUCCCAAAAUGUUUUAAAUCCCUCGGAGAGACACCUCUUAAACAUCCUUUAGUGUUCAUGUAAAGAUCGACAGUGUGUUUUAUAUACAGUACAUAAAUGUUAAUUUAAGGGGUUAAUAAUUUAUACUCCAGUUUUUAAGUUUGGGACCAAAUUUUGCAAGUUCCUGAAGUAUUUUAUGUCUAUGAUGUUAUUUUACUAUUUGUGCCUGUCGUUUGCUUUUACUGUUUCUUCUAAUUUUAAUUUUUCAAAAGAGAAUAAUUUAACGCACAGUGAUGUUGCACAGUGAUUUCUGCUUUCAUACGAGUUGACUGUAUACUCAGCAUGUUGCAGUGACAAUCUGUUGUGUUGGAUUAAACUGCUUUCACUAUGAAA